UGGUGUUGAAACAACUGCACACAUUUGUGACUGAGCAACUGGGUAUAAAUAAAGCUGAUUUCAAGCAACGAUCGGAGGAACACACCACAGGGUAUUACAGCUUGCAUAGUCGAAUUCUGAUUCACUUGGACUUGGUCAGCAUGUGGAUUUCCGCAGCAUUCCUUCUUUUUGCAUUGGCUCUAAAUGGAGUCAAGUCUGACGAAAUGAUGAGCUUUGGUCGAAGAUGCCCCGCUGGCUGGGAGAAAUUUGGAUCACAAUGUUUUAAAUUUUUCAGCGACUUGAAGCCAUGGGCUGAUGCAGAAAAACAAUGCAUUGACCUCGGUGGAAACCUUGCAUCUAUCCACACUGCACUCACUCACAGUUUCCUAAAAAGCUUGGUAAAAAAAAAUGCUAAAGACCUCAAACGAACCUGGAUUGGUGCUCAUGAUGCAAAUAAGGCUUUUGUCUGGCUCUGGAGUGAUGGAUCAAAGUUUGAGUACAAUGACUGGCAUACUGGUGAGCCAAAUAAUGGAGGAGGAUAUGAACGUUGCGUGGAGAUGGGCUAUGGAGGUGAGCAACUCUGGAAUGAUGCAAGCUGUGAUACACAACUCAGUUUCAUCUGUUACAGAACGGCUAGAAUCAGUGGCUUAGAUUAAAGGGAAAUGGGCCCAGAAUUUCUAGCAACUCUGGCUAGAAUUGAUUUCUAAUCCUAAUUUUUGAUUGAUAAACUAAUAUUUCCUGUCUGUCCAUCACAAUUUCAAAGUCUCCAAAUUACAGAUUGUAACAGAAAUGCUUUGAUUUUCAAUUUUAAUGUCAAUCUUUGCAAUAUUAAAAAUAAAAUAAAAAAUAA